AUGCCCGACACGGUCGCCAAGCGAACGUCGACUUCUGAGAUCCAGGGAAUCUGCGAAGCUAGGUCAAAAGUACAUUUUAGCCUGCUUUCUGCCAUAGGUAUUCAAUACUCAGUUACAGGGGCACCGAUUGCAAUAGGCAGCUACCUCUCGCUGACGAUUGGGCUUGGGGGCUCGCCAGCCUACUUCUGGGGAUUCGUCAUGACGGGCUUCUUCCAGUUAACCACUUGCUUGGCAAUAUCCGAACUAGCAUCCGCUAUUCCUCAUUCUUCUGGACCUGCACAUUGGGCAACUGUCUUAGCACCUCCUCGCUAUGGCCGAAAAAUAGGUUACAUAAUGGGAUGGCUUACUAACGCUGGCUGGUUCUUCAUCAGCGCGGCCAGUGUUCUUUACACGGCACAGCUCACCAUGGCCCUCGUCAGCGCAGCGAAUCCGGGGUUUAUGAUUGCGUCCUGGCAGACAUACCUCGUAUACUGCGCGUAUACAUUGCUAUGUCUGUUGAUUAAUCUUCCUCGGAUAUUUAAAACCGUCGACUACAUGCUAAAGGCCGCCAUCUUCACCCUUAACGGCGCAGCGAUCUGGUUACUUGUUGCACUGUUGGUCCGCGCCCACCCGAAACAAGCUGCUUCCGCAGUUUUCCUUAAGUUUGUAAACGAGUCUGGCUGGACCUCCAACGGAACAGUGUUCUUUCUGGCUUUGUUACCCGCGUACUCUUCUCUUGCCGCAUUCGAUAACGCGACACAUUUGACGGACGAACUGGAGAACCCAAAGAAGCAGGUUCCGCAAGUGAUUAUAGGAUCAUUCUUCAUGAGCUAUUUCACCGCACUACCCAUGAUUGUGGUCUACGAGUUUUGUAACGUUGACCCUGAGAGCAUGCUAAACCCAGUUGGAGGCCAGCCACUGAUUCAACUUAUGUUCAACGCCUUCCGUUCGCGCUCACUGACGAUAGCCACUACAGCUAUCGUAAUUUACAUCUUUCUUGUGGCAGCUGCGUCUUCAUUGAUCACGUGGUCCCGGCUCUACUGGUCUUUCUCUCGCGAGGGAUGUCUGCCAUUCUCAAAGACAAUGUCCAAGCUCACAUCACGGGACUGUCUGCCGAUUUAUGCGUUAUGCUGGAACGCAGUUCUGCUCAUCGCCAUUGGGGCUAUCAGUAUUGGCUCCACCACAGCCAUGAACGCUCUUCUAGGAGCAGCCAACCUUUGCAUCGUCACGGCCGUGGUGACGUCAUUUGGAUUAGCCUUGUAUACAGGGCGGAAGACAUUCGACCCAAAUCGUUGGUUCAACCUAGGUCGAUGGGGCGAUGCCAUCUUUUGGGUGGCAAGUUCAUGGAGUAUCUUCAUAACAGUGAUGCUCAGCAUGCCACUUUAUCAGCCAGUCACGCCAACGACCAUGAAUUGGACAUGUGUGGUAUUUGGUGGAGUGGUUGUAAUCGCAACCAUCUAUUGGUUCGCUAUUUUCUCCUGGAAUAAGGACUAUUAUAGGGAGGGCCAGGGAGGAGAAGUCGAACAGGACUGA